AUGAGCUCCAUCCGUCGACGCCUGGCCUGUGUGGAGUGCACACGGCGAAAGAUCCGUUGUGACAAGGUGGUCCCGUGUCGCAAUUGCACUAGAAGAGGUAUCACUUGUUCGCGCGCCAGGGGUACCGAUGAUGAGGUGGAGCGAUUGCAAGCCCGCGUCCAGGAGCUCGAAGCUGCUUUGAAGGAAACCACCCAUCUACAACCGCAGAUACAACAACAACAACUACAAUCACGCUCCAGGUCAGAGAUCCUCCGCAAUGGUAGCAACACGCCCGUCUCCGAGACAGCGGAGACCCCCGAGCGCGAGAUGGCGGACGCUGCCACCAUCCUCGAGUUCCUCGCUUGGGGGCGACGGAAGAAUCCGGACUAUCACGAGGUGUUGGCCCGUAGAGAUGGGGUCGAGCAUGAGUCUCCUGGGGAUGUGACAGCGGAGGGCGGCAGCGUAGAUCGCAAUCCGGAAAUUGCAUCUUCGCUGGCCUAUCUGCAGCUCCUACUCCCGGAUAGAGACCUCUUGUACCAACUCGUCUCCUACCACUGCGAAUGUGUCCUCUGGUACCAUGGCUCGUUUCACUCUCAUCGCCUCCAGGAUGAACUUGAUAACUUCAUCCGUUUUGCAAACGGCCAGAUAGCCCAUCCUCGAGUCGAUCUGCAAUGGGUGGCGCUGCUCUUUGCCGUCCUCACUGGUGCCCUAGCCUGCGCGCCUCGCAUGACCGCCCAAGCCUGGGGCUUCCCAGAGUGGGAACAGACUACCCUGGCUCAGCGAUGGUUCAAAGCCGUCUCAACGUGCCUGCACCACGCUGACUUCACCGCAAUCCAUUCUCCCUACGCCGUCCAGGCCAUCGCUACACUAACCAUGUCCGCACAUCUCCUGGGCUUCUCAAAUAGUCUCUCUGUUCUUCUCGCAGCCGCAACCCGCAUUGCCCAGGGUUUAGGCCUGCAUCGGCUUGGCUCGGAGAAGGAGACCAUGCCCACACCAGCCAUGAUCGACCGCGAAAUCGGGCGCAGAGCAUGGUGUCAGCUGUGCAUCCAGGACUGGUUCUCUAUCCCAUUUUCAGAAAGCUACCUGAUCCCACGUGGAUGUGUCAGUACCGCUCGUCCCCGUAAUUGUCGUGACGACGAUAUGCGGAAAUUAUCCGACGAUGAACCCACCCUCACCAGCUACUCGCGCUUCUUCUACCAAGUUGCUUCCAUCAUGCCUUCACUGCAGGAUAGCAUGACAGCCUCAAACACCCUCUACACAAGAUACGAGCAGGUGCUUGAACACGAUCGCCGGUUACGGAGCCUAGCUACGCAGGGUCUCCCGCUUUAUCUUCGAAACAUCCCAGUAGAAGACCAUCCAGAGUGGCCGCGAUAUGUGCCGUGGGCCCGUCGCAGUUUGGCAAUCAGCUCCUCACAUAAGAUCAUUAUGAUCCAUCGAAAAUUUCUCGAAUUGAGUUUCACGAACCCAGUUUUUGCGAGGACGCGCCGAACCUGCGUUGCUGCCGCAAGAACGAUUAUCAAAGAACAGAAGGAGGCGAUUCAUGAUGGGGGUCCCGUCCUCUGGAUCCAUCAGGCAUUUAGUGUUGCUGCUAGUAUCAUCUUAUGUCUCGACUUGUUUCACCGCACCAACGCCGACCCCGAAACCACGUACCACCGCCAACUCGUCAACGAUGGCCUGGAGAUCCUCUCGCACAGCGAAUCCAAUAUGAUUGCACGACGAGGGGUGCAUCUCCUAGAAGCGCUGUUGGCACGAGAACGCGACCGAGGCUCUCCGAGACAGCUACCGUCACCGGAGCAGGAGACUGAUCGGAACCUGGACCUGGUGGGGGUCAUUAGGAGCUUUUAUGAAAAAGGCCGGUGGCAGAGGGGCCGGACGGCCUCCCGAGAUGGAAGUCAGGGAUGGCCGCCUGUUGAGCGUGGAGGAAGUGAUCGAACGGGCCAAGCACCGACGCCGGCGGGAGCCACGUCGCCCUCAUUAGAAGGAUUAGCCAUGUCAUACGGCUUGGAGUGUGCGGAGAGUUUAGAGGAUAUUCUAGUCUUGGCGGCCAAUUAUGCGGCCUGA